CACUCACCUCUCUCCGCUCACCUCAUCGACAACGUGCUUACCUUCAUCAUAACAACCCUUGUCCCCGACCAUCAUGCCUCCCCUCCCACACCCGCCUCUGCCCCGGCUCAUAACCUACUACCAGACCCACCACACCCCGUCAGGGCAGCAUAUCUCCAUCCUCCCCUUGAUCCAGCAGCCCAACAUCGCCGUCACACAUGUCAUCCUCGCCGCAAUCCACAUCAACGAGGACCCUUCGGCCCUGACCCUGAACGAUCACUCGCCCUCGGACCCGCGCUUCACCACCCUAUGGGCCGAACUGCGCGUGCUCCAAGCGUCCGGGGUCAAGGUGCUCGGCAUGCUGGGGGGCGCUGCGCCGGGCACGUACGCGCGGCUAGACCAGGACUCUGAAGGGGAGGGGUUUUCGGACUCGUUCGAGGCCUACUACGCUCCCCUGGCGGCGCUGGUGCGAGAGCGGUCGCUGGACGGCCUGGACCUGGACGUGGAGGAGAGCAUGUCGCUCGCGGGGAUCGUGCGGCUCGUAGACCGGUUACGCGCCGACUUUGGGCCGGGGUUCCUCAUCACUCUAGCGCCCGUGGCAGCGGCGCUGCUCAGCACGCGGCACAACCUGUCCGGGUUCGACUACGAGGCGCUCGAGGUGAUGCGCGGGCGCGAGAUUGCCUGGUACAAUGCCCAGUUCUACUGCGGAUGGGGCGACUGCAGCAACCCGGCCAUGUACGAGAUGCUCCUGGCUAAGGGAUGGCCGCCCGAAAAGAUCGUCGUCGGGCUAGUGACAAACCCGGAAAACGGCGGGGGCUGGGUCCCCUGGCAUCUCCUGGCCAACGUGCUCCCGCUUCUGGCGGGCAGGCACCCUCGCUUCGGUGGCGUCAUGGGUUGGGAGUACUUCAAUAGCUUGCCUGGUGGCAAGGGGAGGCCGUGGGAGUGGGCGCGGGUCAUGACUGCUCUGUUAAGAGGGAAGCGGAUGAGCGGAUUGGAGGGGUUGGAGGGGAUUGAGGGCUUGGAAGGAAUGCAGGGGGUGGAUAAGGGGAAGGGGCCACAGGCGGGAGGUGGUGAUGCGGCGACAGUGGUGGACCCUGACGAAAAAGGCAAUGAGGAUUUGAUGGUAGCUGUUCCCCAGGAUUUCGAGUAUCUCUCUGACGGGACAGAGCACGAAGAAUAGAGUACGUAUCUGCCUGCUGGCUUAUUAGAGUGAGUACAGUGGCAUCGUCAUGUCCGUCGGCCGAGAGCUAAAGCGUCAUGAGCCUGCAUACGUCAACCUGCCGGACGA